GCUCCAUUGUGAGAAACCAAGCAUCUUAUCUCGCGACGAUCGAGACAGAUCUCGGCUCUACCCGUAAGCUCAGGAACAAAACGCCGGUUCAGGUACACACAACUCGAUCCCCUCGUAAUCACAGAUUAACUAUGCUUGGCCUUUAUGCAUCAGGAAGGGAUUCUAGUAAUGUUCGUUAUCUCAUCCGUCUCACUCCCACAGAACGUGGUCGAGGUGAGACAUUAUCAUCUGCAUCCAGCCAGUGGGUCACCCGCAAGCAGCAUCCCAUCCGCAUUCAUCACCACCCCCAAAUAAACCAUAUCAAGGCUAUUAAUAGCGUUUCCCGUGGCAAUAAAGCCUUAUACCGCCCUUCCGAGACCAAACAUCGACCCUGUCUCGAAAAAAUGUCAUUUUGUUUUACCUCCAAACUCACGGGCUCACUCUCGUUCAAGCCUUGAAGGCUUUGCUUACACCAUGGCAGCAGUUGAGCUGUACCAUUAUCAUCCUUCGUUUAUUCUUGCCCUUGUUUCUCUUGGUUUGUUUUCUGCUUCGACGGUGGUGUGUUUGUUGCAGAUGAUACGAUGUAGGACUUGGUUUUUCAUACCGUUCCUUUUAGGUUGUAUUGUUGAGGCUGCUGGAUAUGCUUGUCGUGCUGUAUCAGCUUCUGAAUCACCAGACUGGACUUUCGUUCCUUUUGUUGUUCAGACAUUUGCGUUUCUUUUAGGUCCAAGUUUGAUUACUGCGAGUAUCAAUAUGAUUCUGAGCAAAAUCAUCAUUUCUCUGGAUGCAGAUAUCUAUUCACUCGUUCCAGUCAAAGUCAUACCUAAAGUCUUUAUCUUUGGCGACGUGGUCGCUGUGGCAGCACAAUUCACAGGUGCUGGCAUCUUGAUCAAUGCAACUUCAGUCAGUCAGCAAAGAACAGCUCAACUGAUCAUCAUUGGCGGCCUGGCUUUUCAGAUCUACUUUUUCGGCUUCUUCACAUCGGUCUUGCAUAUCGUGCACAGCCGCAUUAUCGACAACCCAUCUCGCCUGAGUACCAAUCUGACCAUCCCUUGGAAACGCUGGAUUAUCGUUCUUUACAUCGCCUGCGGACUUGUAAUCGCUCGAUCAGUCUAUCGAGUGGUCGAGUAUGUCACUGGACCCCUUGGCAUUCUCCAAGCAACAGAAAUCUACUUUUACGUCUUUGACGCAGGAUUCAUAUUCCUUGUCACACUUCUUCUUAACAUAUUCCACCCAAGACAGCUAGCUACGGUUUCGGCAGAUGAUCUACAAGAUAUUGAAACUGUCGUCGUCACUCCUUCUAAACCACCUACUCAAUAUCAACCGCCUCGGACACCUCCAAAGUACCUACAGCCACCACCAUAUCUUCCUUCUUAUGCAAAUCUCAGGAAUCGCGGGCCUUACUAUCAUUACCCUCAAUCUCCAUACAGGACUCAGUCAUAUAUACAGUAUCCGCCUCCUCUGCACUAUUAUCAGCAAAGAAGACCUCCUACGCUGGCCCAUCAUCGUCCACGGACCAAUAGGACUUAUAAGAGCUUCGAUACUUCUUUGAGCUCUUCGUCUAGUUUUAUUAGUAUUUACAACCCUCAGACUGGCCAGUAUGAGCCGUUCAGACGGUAG